UCAAUUUCAAAAAUCGAUUGCUAGAUUAUUGAGAUAUCAUUUACAACGUUUACCUACAAAAGAUCCAUCGAUGAUCAUAAAAGAUAAAUUUUCAAAAGGUUUGGUGGUUUUAUACCACACAAAGAAGAUAAAUGCGAAUGAUUUAACCGAAUUAUCAAAGAAAGAUUCUAAUGAAAGGAACGAAGAUUCUGGUUACACAAAAAAUGGGGACUGUAAAGAAGCAAAAGAAAAUUUGAAGGAUAAUAUUAUCAUACAAAAAUUGAUAAAAUUAGAUAAAUUACGGGUCGUGGAUUGUGAUCAA